GGAAAUCCUGGGUGCAAGUUCCAGGGCCCCGACCGCUGUGGGCAGGCCUUGCUGCGGAUUGGGAUCAACAUGAUGGCACUGCCUGGGGGCCAUCACCUGGACUCCGUCCCUCUGCCUGGUCAGAGGUUGCACCUGAUGCAGGUGGACUCUGUCCAGCGCUGGAUGGAGGACCUGAAGCUCAUGACCGAGUGCGAGUGCAUGUGUGUCCUGCAAGCGAAGCCCAUCAGCCUGGAGGAGGAUGCGCAGGGUGACCUCAUCCUGGCAGGCGGCCCAGGCCCCAGAGACCCCCUACAGCUGCUACUCAGGCGGGGCUGGGUCAUCAGCACCGAGCUGCGCAGGAUCGGGCAGAAGCUGGCCCAGGACCGCUGGGCGCGCGUGCACAGCAUGAGCGUGCGUUUGACCUGCCAUGCCCGCUCCAUGGUCAGUGAGUACAGCGCUGUCAGCAGGAACUCCUCGCAGGAGAUGAGCCAGAUUGAGAAGCUGGUAAUGGAGAAAUGCUCAGAGCUCUCAGCAGUCACAGAGAGGUGCCUCCAGGUUGAGAAUGAGCAUGUCCUGAAGUCUAUGAAGGCCUGCGUGAGUGAGACCCUGAGUACGCUGGGUGAGCACUUUGGCCAACUGCUGGAGCUGGCCCUGACGCGGGAAGUGCAGGCACUGGUGAGAAAAAUUGAUAACUCGGACAAUAUCUACACCACGGAGUCCACCACAGGGAACCUGUUCAGCCUGACCCAGGAGGGAGCUCCCUUGUGCCGCAUCAUAGCCAAAGAGGGUGGGGUCGUAGCACUCUUCAAGGUCUGCCGUCAAGACAGUUUCCGGUGCUUGUACCCCCAGGCGCUCCGCACACUCGCCUCCAUCUGCUGCGUGGAAGAGGGUGUCCACCAGCUGGAGAAGGGUAUAGGGCUGCUGCUCCGCCCAGACCCGAGAAGAACUGAGCCUGCAGAGGGUACUCAGAAACCCAGGAGGGCUGGGGAUGCUGAGGCUGAUUUUUGGGAAUUAUCCAACCAAGUUUCAGGGAAAAGAGCUGAAAAUUCUUAUGGAAGAGUUGGAAAAACCUGGCAUGUCCUAAUGACAACUGUGGUGGUUGCAGGAUUGAGUGGCUACCUUGAGUCUGUUCCCGUGACCCAGUCUAAAUUGGGGGUGGAUGGUGUUCUGUGCUUGGCCGACAUCCUGACUGAUGAUAGCCAUUCAGAGGCCACACGGGCUGAGGCUGCAGCUGUGGUUGCCCAGGUCACCUCCCCACACCUGCCCUUCACCCAGCACCUUACCAGCUUCCUGGAGAGCAUGGAGGAGAUUGUGACAGCCCUCGUCAAACUGUGCCAAGAGGCCUCAUCUGGGGAAGUCUUCCUGCUGGCCUCUGCGGCUCUUGCCAACAUCACCUUCUUUGACACGAUGGCCUGUGACAUGCUGCUGCAAUUGAAUGCCAUCCGCAUCCUUCUGGAAGCCUGUAGUGACAAGCAGAGAGUGGACACACCUUAUACCCGAGACCAGAUUGUGACCAUCUUGGCAAACAUGUCUGUCCUAGAGCAGUGUGCCUCUGACAUCAUUCAGGAGAAUGGGGUCCAGCUUAUCAUGGGCAUGCUGUCUGAGAAGCCAAGGUCUGGGACCCCUGCUGAGGUGGCAGCCUGUGAGCGUGUCCAGCAGAAAGCUGCAGUGACGCUGGCCCGUCUCAGCCGAGACCCAGACGUGGCACGGGAGGCAGUGCGGCUCAGCUGUAUGUCCCGCCUCAUUGAGCUCUGCCGAUCCCCGACGGAGAGAAACAGCAGUGACGCAGUGCUUGUGGCCUGCCUGGCUGCUCUGCGAAGACUUGCUGGGGUCUGCCCGGAAGGCCUUCAGGACUCUGACUUCCAGCAGCUGGUCCAGCCCAGGCUUGUGGACUCCUUCUUACUCUGCAGCAACAUGGAGGAGAGUUUUGUGUAGUGAUCAUGGGAGAGGAAAGGCAUCUAGUCCAGUUCUCCAGCCUCCACAGAGCACACACCUGUGAAGAAACCCUCACCUCCUUAUUUAUACUUAAUUUAUUAUUAAAUGAAAUGCACGGUGGGCUAAAUCUUAUAGCAAUGUCAUCAGACAGUCUGUGGUCCUUGGGAGUCUUUUUUUGUUUUUAUUUUUGACUUCUGUGGCUUUUUAGUUGCAGAUGUUGAAGUCUGUAAUGACUAAUAUGACAGAUAUUGUCAUGGGUGAUUUCAAUUCAUCCUGCUUUCUCUGCUCUCACUAUAUAAUCUCAUCUCAAUUUUGUAUUUUUGGAACCAGGGUAUCUUACCUGCCUAGCAGUAUUUUUUUAAAUAAUUGGAUUUGCUCUUUCCAAAGCUGUUAUACUUAAAAUAA